GGAGAUACCUAUGCUAGUGGACGACCCGUAUCCAUUCAAUCGCCCAUGAAUAGUCUCGCAUGCAGAAAGAUAGGAUACGCAUGGUAUAAAGAAAAAGCCCAACAUGGACCUUGCGAAGUUGAUAACGCAAUUUUUGAUUUGACCAAAUUUAAUGACCAUAAGAUUGAAUUUUUUGUUAAUACUAUUAGGUAUACUAAUGAAGCAAAGAAAAAG